AUUUCUUCAAGUAAACCCCACAUCAAAAUGAAGACAAAAGCAGUGUGCGUACUGAGCGGUGAUGUCAAGGGCACCAUCUUUUUCGAACAGAAUGGUGAUUCGGAUGCAGUUAAGGUUACUGGUGAAGUUACCGGCUUGAAACCGGGCAACCAUGGAUUCCACAUUCACGAGUUCGGUGACAACACCAACGGGUGCACCUCGGCUGGACCGCACUUUAACCCCCACGGAAAGGAACAUGGAGCCCCGGAUGCUGCUGUAAGACACGCCGGAGAUUUGGGAAACGUUGUGGCCGAUGACAGUGGUGCCGCCAAGGUCGAUCUCAGCGAUAAGCAGAUUUCUCUGACCGGACCUUUGAGCAUCCUGGGACGUACCGUUGUCGUGCAUGCCGAUACUGAUGAUCUGGGUCUGGGAGGUCACGAACUGAGCAAGUCUACCGGAAAUGCCGGUGCUCGUUUGGCCUGCGGUGUGAUUGGGAUUUGCAAAGCAUAAAUCAUCCAAGCUAUAGCAUCAACGGAGAGUUCAAAAGACAUUCUAAUGGUCAUGUCAAGUCGUAUCCUUACUAAACCCCAUGGGAAGUGGUAUCCGUGUCCUCAACCGGGAAUGGUUCUGAUAGGUGGUCCCUAAAAUAUUGUAUCAAUAAGUUCAAUGAACAAAUUCCUUAAUGUUUAUUUUUCUGGUUUGAAUAAAACUGAAAGUACAUCACUCA